AUGUUUCGAAAUACUUAUCAGGGUAGAUUUCUGUCCAUCUUGUACAGUUGCGGAUCAUCGCCUCUAGAGUUAUGGGACAUGCACGUAAAGAAUGGCUACAUACGAAGAAUCACCGACGAAGAAAUAAAAUCGUUGGCAUUGGAGAUAGCUGGGACCAAUGUGGCUACGACCUACAUUUACUGCCCGGCAGAUCCGAAGAAAGCGCUGGGCAUUAAAUUGCCGUUUCUUAUCAUCAUUAUCAAGAACAUGAAGAAGUAUUUCACAUUUGAGAUAACAAUACUCGACGAUAAGAAUAUGCAUAGGAGAUUCCGCGUAAGCAAUUUCCAGAGCACAACGCGUGUCCGUCCAUUCUGUACGUCCAUGCCGAUCGGGCUUUUAGGCGGAUGGAAUCAGAUCCAGUUUAAUCUAUGCGAUUUCACACGACGAGCCUAUGGCACAAAUUACAUCGAAACUACCAGAAUACAGAUCCAUGCAAACUGCAGGAUCAGACGAAUUUACUUCGCUGAUAGACUUUACUCAGAGGAUAAGAUACCGGAAGACUUCAAACUCUUCUUCCCAAUGCAUCGAAAGAAGUGCGUUAGAGAAGAAACGGUGCCGAAGAAACCCAGCGUGACACCUGAGAAAAUACCGUCUAUUGUCGUUGCGGAAGAACCUAUUUCCGAACCAAAACUAGUGGAGGAAACGAUCAAGCCAACGAUUCCGAUAGAGCUUGAUUUAAUCAAAAAAGAGAUAUCUGAACUACGUCCGGAAGAAAUUAAGGAAAUAACUGUGCAAGAAGACAUGCAAGUAAAAGAAGAAGAGAAGACAGAAGAUGAAGAAGAAGCUGUAGUUCUUGACGAAGAGGAAGUAACAGUCUUUGAUGAAGAGGAAGCCGCAGUCCUCGAUGAAGAAGCAGCCAUUCUUGAAGAAAAAGCUGCAACUCUUGACGAAGCGGCUACGGUCUUCGACGAAGAAGCUGCAGUCCUUGAUGAGAAAGAAACUGAGGAACCAGAGGAAGAAACUGAGCCUAUAGAUGUUGUUCCCAAAGAUGAAGAUAAAGAAGUGGAUACGGAAAUUAAAGAUUAAAU